CUUUGAAGUGACACCGCCUCUAAGACAUCAUGGAGGAUACAGAUAUUCGACAACAAAAACUGGAAAAUCAGAGAGCCAUUCUGAUGAAAAGACAGCAGAGGAAGAGGGCUGACAAUCAGAUGGUAGUUUCAAAUAUGGACUCAAAGCAAAAGAGAAAACAGAAAACCAAAUCGGACGAGACACCUCUGUUAUUUAACCAUUCCCUCAGUAUUGCUUCCCUAACUGACCAAGUUGAACAUGCCCAUGACAACCCAGUGGAUGAGAUCACACUGGGUGAAUGUGACGUUCCAGAAGAGAUAUCUUUGGAGAAACUGGAGACAAUGAAAACAGUGAACCUAGAGAUCAACAAAGAGAUGGAAUCAAAAUGUAAAGUUGAACAUGAUGUCCCAGUGGAAAACAAGAAAUCCAAAAAGAAAAAAGAAAAGGACAAAAAAGUGGAACAAACUGAAGAAAAUGAGAAAGAGCAAGAGAUAGAGAGAAAGCCAAAGAAAACAAAAAAGAAAAUCAAAUCUAAAGGCUCUAAAGACUCAGAUGACAGUGAAAAAAUACAGAGACAAGAACAUAAAAAGAGAAAUCCAAAAGAAGAUUCAGAAGAAGAAGCAGGCACAGUUCAUGAAAUUACAAGUCUAAAAAAUGCAAAAAAAUGUGAUGAAAGUGAUAAUGAGGAGAGCAACCAGCAGUGGCUUUCCCCACAGUCAGAAAAGAGAGCUAAUAAGCUUGACACUACAAGGUGCCAAAUAAGUGAUGAAAGCAAAGAUGAAGAUAAUUCAGAAAAAGAGAAAAAAGAAAAGAAAUCAACAAAAAAAGAAAAGAGUCUAGCAUCAUUGAACUCCAACUACAGGAGGAAUUCUGAAAGUGACCAUGACAGAACAACUUCUCCCAUGUCCGUGGAGGAUCUGGAGAAGUUUGCGUUGCGCCCAGCCCCAAAAGAGGUGACGAUACAAUGUCGAGUGACCAGAGAUCGGAGAGGUAUGGAGAAGGGGAUGUUUCCUACGUACUACCUGCAUUUGGAGAAAGAUGAUGGAAAAAGGGUGUUUUUAAUGGCGGGAAGAAAGAGAAAAAAAUGUAAAACUGCUAAUUAUUUGAUUUCAACUGACCCAACAAAUCUGUCCAGGAAUACAAAUAGCUACAUAGGAAAAUUAAGGUCCAACGUUCUAGGUACAAAAUUCACAGUAUAUGACGGUGGGGAAAACCCAGAGAAAAAGCCCUUUAUAAAAGAGAGUGAAUCAGUGCGACAAGAGCUGGCAGCAAUUUGUUAUGAGACAAAUGUGUUGGGGUUUAAAGGUCCCAGGAAAAUGACUGUGAUUAUCCCAGGAAUGAUUGAUGAUGAAAGAGUAUCCAUUGCACCAAAGAAUGAACUGGAAACACUGCUCACUCGCCAUGCCAAUCACAACACGGAUCAGCUCAUUACUCUUAUCAACAAAUGUCCCAGUUGGAACGAGCAGACACACUCGUACGUUCUCAACUUUCAUGGCCGUGUCACGCAAGCUUCCGUCAAAAACUUUCAGAUAAUUCACCCUGAUAAUGAGGAUUACAUAGUGAUGCAGUUUGGCCGUGUGGCAGAAGAUGUGUUCUCCAUGGAUUACAGCUACCCCAUGUGCGCCCUGCAAGCUUUCGCCAUCACAUUGUCUGCCUUUGAUAGCAAGCUAGCCUGUGAGUGAUGGUUUGCCUAAAUGUUACAAUCCAGGCCUAUAUAAAACUAUUAUUUUUAGUCAUAUAUAUUUAUACACACAUUUUAUGUAAAAUUGUACAAAUA